AUGGCGGACCUCAAAGUCGAUCCCAAAGAUGGCCUGGCCGUCCAGGAUUUAUCCACGCUUGAUGUCAGCACGCUCACGCCCCUGACUCCGGAAGUCAUUAGCAGACAGGCAACCAUGAAUGUUGGCACAAUCGGCCACGUUGCCCAUGGAAAGUCCACUGUAGUGAAGGGCCUCUCGGGAACUCACACGGUGAAAUUCAAGGCCGAAAAGGAGCGUAACAUUACCAUCAAGUUGGGCUACGCAAAUGCGAAGAUCUACAAGCGCGACCCUGGGGAAGGUGACCAGGACCAUCCCUACUGGUCCUCCGGCAGCUCGACCCCAGACGUCGUAGACGACAUGAGGCUGGUUCGCCAUGUGUCUUUCGUGGACUGCCCUGGACACGAUAUCCUCAUGGCUACAAUGCUUAACGGAGCUGCUGUCAUGGAUGCAGCCCUUCUAGUGAUUGCAGGAAAUGAGACAUGCCCGCAGCCUCAGACUUCUGAGCACCUUGCAGCUGUGGAAAUCAUGCGGCUGAAGCAUAUCAUCAUCCUCCAGAACAAGGUUGAGCUCAUCAAGCAGCAGGAGGCGGAGUCCCGCUACGAGGAGAUCAAGAAGUUCGUUGCAGGCACAGCAGCAGAUAGUUCGCCGAUUAUUCCAAUCAGUGCCGUCCUGAAGUACAACCUGGAUGUGAUUUGCGAAUACCUGUGCACACAAGUGCCCAUUCCACCUCGCGACUUCACGUCAAUGCCGGUGAUGAUCAUCAUCAGAUCUUUUGACGUCAACAGGCCGGGAGAGGAGGUGGCCAACCUAAAGGGAGGAGUCGCCGGCGGUUCCAUCCUGAAGGGCGUGCUCAAAAUGGGAGAUGAAAUCGAGAUUAGGCCAGGCAUCGUCACCAAAGAUUCCGCUGACAACGUCCAGUGCCGUCCAAUCCGCUCCCGAAUCAUGUCGCUCCUUGCUGAGCAAAACGCGCUGCAGUUCGCGGUCCCUGGUGGCCUCAUUGGAGUUGGCACCAAGAUCGACCCCAAGCUGACUCGUGCAGACAAGCUUGUGGGCCACGUGCUCGGACAUCCGGGAAAGCUUCCCAGCAUCUACAUUGAGAUUGAGGUGAAGUUCUAUCUGCUGCGACGGCUGCUGGGAGUCAAAACCGAUGGAGAUGGCAAGGCUGGAAAGGUGGCCAAGCUCAAGAAGGGCGAGAUCCUCAUGGUCAACAUCGGCUCUACAGCUGCGGGCGGGAGAGUACUGGGUAUCAAGGACGACAACGAUUACGCCCGAAUUACCCUGACGCAUCCUGUCUGCACACAGGAAGGCGACAAGGUUGCCCUCAGCCGAAGGAUUGACAAGCACUGGCGUCUCAUUGGAUGGGGCAGCAUUGCCAAGGGAUCAACCAUCAAGCCACAGAGUUCCUAG